CAACUUGCCGUGGACUCUCUCCUGUGUAGUGCACCGUUAGCAGCAGAAAAGGGCUGCUGUCGAAUACGCUUGUCGCAUUCAGCCGUGCGUUAGUGAGCGGAGGCCUUGGCGAGGUGGGGUGUGCAUGCUCAGCAAGGGAGAGAGCGCAAACGAGCGGAGGGAUUGCACUCUCCGGCAAACUGCUGUGUGACCUCUCACAACCGACAUGGGCUUUGCCAAUCGACGAGCCGCGGUGAUGGGGCUCUUGGUCGCGGGGCUAGCCUUCGCUUCGGGUAAGCCCGCCUGGGGGGCGGACGGGGAGGGCCUUAAGAACGUCAAGAGCGGAGGGCACCACAAGGGGGCGCCGGGGCACAAGGGCCUCGACGGUGAUCUGCUGGACUUCGACUCGGUUUCCCCAAAAGAUUGCGCGAGCUACCUCUGCGUGUCCAGCGCGGACAAGGCGACCUACUACAUCGAGGCGGGCUGCCCCGGGCAGUUCGCGGACUACGAGCCCGAUAGAGAUUCGGAUGAACCGGUGGAUUCCUAUUUAGGCUUUAGUUCCUCUGCAGGGGCCUCUACAGGUGUCAGCACGGGGACCCUGCUCUCCCUCGCGUGCGCGUCCGGCGUCUUCGCCGUGGGUGUUGGAUUCGUUGCUGGCUACAAGGCAUCUCCCUCGUUCGCCUACAUGCGAAUCCCGUCGUUUGCGUGAAAGUUCGGCUUGUGAGUCGCCAUCAGCGUCAAGUUUAGGGAGAUUUAGUGGGGUGACGGAGGGGGGGAAGGCGGGGUGCUCUUCAGCAGCUGGCAGGGGAUCGUGUUGGAGGCGGCGCCGCCCAAGAUAGGGGAGGGAGGUCGGGGAGUAGGCGAAGGAGGAGAUCCGAGGUGCCGCGGAGCGGGCGAAGGGGUGGGGGGGAGGGGGAUACUGCAUCAAACUGCAUCAGCACACGGCUAAGAAGAGAGGAAACACGGAUGUACGCGGCGGAACCUCGGUGUGUGACGUGCAGGGCAACACCAGCCUAGUUCCUGUUGAAAGGAAAACGAGAAUGAAACAGAGAACGGCAGUGCUGGAGGGCUGGGUGCGCAAAGGGCGGGGGUGACCUUGGAGUGACAGGAGCAGCGGUGACGAGCGGGAACGAGUGGCGUGCGGAUGGGGUCGCUUGAGCACAGUCUGCGGGGACGGGCGUCGUUGUGGCUGUUCUUGUUUGUAUUUGUGUUCGGAGUUAGGUUGUGAUUUGUAAUAGAUUUCACUACGGGGCACUUGCAUCCUUGCAUGAGCCGGGCGUGCGUUAUCUCCCUCGAUGCCUUCAUCGUCAAAGGAUGGAGAGGCAGAUUAUUUCUCAUUUAUGUAACGUUCCUUUAUCUGUAUGCGUAUAAUUAUUCUUCUCUUGAUGUGCCAUGCACGCGGAGAGGGCUUUUGCUGUGUGGUUCCCGGCAAUCGCGCUCGAACCUAGGGUUGGUUGCACGGUUGCUUUUUUCCUUUUUUAUGGUGACCCGGUGUGAUCGUGUGAUGGUUGUUCAUGUUUUUGUCUUUCGGCACGAGUUAAUGAAACAUCCUUCGUUUCUGUCGCCUACCUCCGUUCUAGCAUACAUGGACCUAUCUACUCGUAAGUCGUUGCGUGUUUUUUUUAUCGCGAGUUCCUCAUCAUGCCUGAGCUGUGUGUGUCAUUUGCUUGUCUCCCCGCUUCUCCUUCGGCCGCGUCGUUUUUGGCUGCGCUCUCCCGUGGUGUUCUCCCGAAUACACCCAAAAGCCUCGCCUUGUGCCUUGGCAAGAAAUCCCACACCUGACACAGGCAUCGCUUUCGAAUCAACGCGGACCAAGGGGGGGGUAGACUAUGCUCGUCGUUGUUGCCUGUCUUGCCUGACUGUGUCUUCUUGAACGCGAUGCGUGCCUUUCAAGAGGGAGCAAGAUCGUACCGCGGUUUCCAAAUGGGAAAUGCGUCUUCCCGAAACUCCGAAGCCUGUCCAGGCAAAGAUUCACGUGCUGUUUGCGGCU